CAAACCCGCAUUCGUUUGUAAUUUUCAUAAUGUAAAUUAUUGGGAUGAGCCUACACAUAUUGGAGAUCAAUAAUGUGAUUUAGGAAGUUGACUUGUUCUAAAUAAAUUAGGAGGAGUACAAAAAGACAUCUUUUGACAAAGAUAAAACAAUAGGACCCAUUUUCCCCAUUUUUGGAAGUAUUGGUAGAUAAUUUGGAUCCCAAAUUAAUUGGGAUCAAUUGGGAACCACUCCACAUGAUUAGAGUACCUACAAAACAAGAAAAUUAAGUGAGGAGACUUACCUUGGCCGCACCAGCUGGAGGAGGGCUGCACAAGACUUGAUUGGAAUCAACCUUGAGACCCACCUUGUCAAUUUCCGCACAAAAUGGUGUGCUGUUUGUCUCCACUCAUUAUGGGAGUUAUACUCGACCAAACAACGUGUAUAAGGUGUCUUUGGAUAGCUUUUGAAGUCUAUUUUCAUAUUUGAGUGGCCACAGUUCGAGAGGAGAAGUCAAUCAUCCAAAAAUCGAUCUGGAACGAGAAGAGGUCUGUGAACUCGAGCUGUGAGAGUGCUGAGACUGUUUGGCCGAUAUCUCGAGUUUUACCAAUCCAAUUAAGGCGUGUGAGAUACCAAAAGAAAGCUCUCAAGACGAGGAAUCCGUGAAGGUCUGGUUUGCAUCAAUCGGAGUAGAGGAAGGCUUCCAAAUCGUCCGAGCAGAACGAGACCUCGCAGGGACGGAUUUACUCUUCUAAGAAUCGAGUUAGCCGGAAAACACCCGUUCUAGGGGCUGUUUUAGUAUCAACGACUCGGGGUUGAAAUAGCAACUUGAGGAGGCUGUUUAGCACCCAUUUUCAAGCAAGGAACUAGUUCCCAAUCUUCCUUGGCCGAGGCUUUAGCCAUUGGAUCGAGAAGGAAGGUUUUAAAGCUCAUUUGAGGUGAGGAUCGACAUCUAGUUGCUUACAACUUGUAGGUUAAGCAUGAGAUUACCUAAAUGCUUAAAUAAUGUUUUCCAUGGAUUAUGAUGAUAACCUAUUGAUGGAAUAUUGAUCUAUUUUCCAAAGAAUGAAAUAAGAAAUGAUUUGGUAAAGUAUUGAUGAAAAUGGAGUUAAAUGAACUAUUGUGUGAAAUAGGCAUUUUACUCAUGUGUGAAUUGUGUAGAUACAUAAAUGAUUAUUUAUGUAUUACAUUGAAUGAUUAAGUUGCUGCUACAUAUCUCUAAAUAUGUAGGGUUUUACAAAUGGAAUAUAUGAUUGAUAAGAAUAAUCUUAAUAGUAUUGAAAUACUAGUUAAUGAUUGUUGAAAUUGUUGAAGAAUUGAAUCUAAGGAUUUGAUUGUAAUUGAUGAACUUGAUUGUGAUGCAAGUGACUAAAUUGAUGUAAUGUGAUGCUAAGACCAUGGUUGGGCAGUCCGUAGGGAUGUCCCAAGAUAGAUUAUUGAUAUUACAAUUCUAGGCCUAGUGAGUGCUUAGGAAUUGGGGUCUAUGCCAAUGUAAGGAGAUGUACUUGAGCCCGUGCUCAUAGAAUUGCAUUGGGUAGACAUGAUGAGGUGAUUGUGUGCAUGGGGAUGUAGUCGAGUUGGACUCGAGAAUGCACGGUGAAGUAGUUAGCUUAUGUUAAUAAAGGUGCAUGGUGAUGUAGUCGAGUUGGACUCGAGAAUGCAAACAUAUGUGUUAGGGUUGGACCCUAUGUAUUGUUGUGACUAGGGGUCACGGGAUUUUGGGGUAUGUUUGAUAAACAAACCUUGGGCCUACAGGCCGACUACUUGACUUUAUAUAUAAAGUAAGUAUAUUUUAAAACGGGGUAACUUGGGGUUACGGCCUAGAUUAUAUUAUCACCCUAUUUGAGGGUCUUGUGUUUGAAAUACUUGUUGUAUAUCUAUUAGAUGCCAUCCACACCAGCACUUUAUAGCCCUAUAGAGUGCUGACCCCUUCGGGGGCGUCCCACCACCAUUUUUCAGGUUGAGGCUAGAGCUUGCUUCCUGUGCUCGUUGCUCGAGAGAUUCAUCUAGGAGGGAAGACUUGGUUCGUGCUUCCUCCAUUCUGUUUUUAAACAUUAAUAAACAUGCUCAUGGAUAUUUUACUAUAGAGCCUGCGUGCUCAUGAAUAGCCAUGUGUGGCCCUUUUGUUUUAAACAAUGUUUUCCGCUGCGUUAUGAAUUACUUAUUAUGUUUGUUUAUGGAUGUAUAUGUGUGAAUGAUAUUCAAGACGCCUUGUAUAAUAUGAAUGUGUUGGACUGCGGUUGACUAUUCGUAUUGUACGGCGGGUUGUUGACGUGCCCGGAUAGGUCCGGGGCGUGACAAUUAAGUUGGUAUCAGAGCCUUAGUCCAUAAACUUCAUAAUGAAGUCUCAAAAUUCUCUUUUUGAAAAAGAUUUUGAAAACCAUGAGCAUAGGAGUUUUGUACUUGGAGAGCUUUUGGUACUUGGGUUGCAAGGUCUCUAAUUGUUAAGAUGGUACCCUUAGCAAUUGGUAUGGCGGUGACUCGAGCCAAAAUGUGUCUUAAGUACCUAUCCGUCAAUUGACAUUUGAUACGAGUCUAAUGACUCUUUCCAAAUUUCUUUCAGAAAUGGACGGUGGUGGCAGGAUUACUAGGAGAAACCCGACGGGCCGUGUACCAGUGGAGACUGGACAGGGCAGUCGAAGGACCUCUAGGGCGUCUAGGGGAGCUGGCCGUGGAGGCCGAUCACAGACCGUGAGUGACGGUCAUGUUGACACAGAAAGUGAAACCUACUGGUCCUAUGAGGACUCAACUUACCAACCGGAGACCGAGCCGGUUGAGACCCCUUACGAAGGGGAUGACGAUGAUAUAAGUGAUGAAGAAGGGGAGAAUGACUCCCUAGCCAGAAUCGAGGCGCUGCUCCAACAAUAUCAGCGGGAGCGCGAAGAAAGGAGGGAACGCCGAAGG